AUGAGCAUUUCUCCCUCUUCGGCAGCUGCAGCAAUAGUCAAAACGAGUAACAGUAUUCUACAAUGGCCACCAUUUCCAAGGUCUCAACGGGUCCUUCAUCCGUAUGUGACGCAGUACUCAGAUUCUGGAUUCGGUUCGGCCUUAUCAUCCGGGUCAUCUUGCUCCUACCUCCCACCACCACCUCCAUAUCGUAUGAGAAGCAAACAGCACAAGAUCCAUCGUAGCUCCAGCGAUUCGAAGUAUUCAAUCGGACAACAGUCGGCCAUUCCUGCUUAUGCGGCUGUUCAACGUGCAAAGCAUGGAACGAGAUGGAAUAGUCAGUGCAGUUUGGUGAGCUAUUAA